AUGGCGGGCACUUCUAGAGGCAAUGAGGCAGCACUAAGGGCCUACCUACAGCACCCCGACGUGCAGCGAAGUCUGCGUGUCUCGGCCAUUGGUUACGUCUACGUGCAACCCUGCAUCUGCCUAAUCGGUUUCAUCCUCAACAUCAUCAACAGCUACGUCUUCCAGCGCAAGACCUUCUGCUCCACACCCGCUUAUAUGCUUGUUCUAGCUCUGUCAAUCGCUGACGCCAUCACCCUCGGACUGCGCAUUCCUCAGGGUCUCACCUACUACCGCGGAUCAUCCUCUGUGACGCAGACAAUGGCCAUCUACGCAUACAUCUAUGCAACAUACGCAGAGGUGCCGAUCACCAACAUGACAGAGAACAUGAGUGCCUGGUUGACGGUGUGCCUUGCUCUAGAGCGCUACGUAGCGAUGCGCCACUGGAAUUUUACCCGGCAAUACUGUACGCGACAAAACACUAAACGGCUCAUCGUCGGCAUCGCUCUUGUCUCUGUCUUCUUCAAUCUCCCUUACUUUAUGAUCCAUCGCAUCGAGUUCAGACGAUUUACCAAUGGAUCCAUGCGGGUUGUCACCAACCCCACGGCUCUCCGACGCUCCCAAUUCUAUACUGUUUACUCAUGGUUUCGUAUGAUCGCCGUCCAAAUUAUCCCCCUUGUCUUCUUGUGCAUUCUCAAUGUUCUUCUCAUCACCAUAGUCUACCAACAUAACAAAAAGAUUGGUAAGAACACGGUGAUGAAAGGGAAGGACAAUCGAUUGUCGCUAUGUACGGAGGGAUCCGGGGCUGAGGAAGCAUCCUUAAAAGAAACCACUGUGGGUGAUUCACGAUCUACACAACGCCGCCAGAAGAAGCGUAAUGCUCAAAGGAAGUUAAACAUCCUCCUUAUAGCCAUAAUUUUGCUUUUUCUCUUUGGCGCUAUUCCCCAAGCCUUCUCGUAUAUUCGCAUCUUUGAGGCAUUUGGAACGUGUAAAGAGGCAUUUCACUACUGUCCCACGUAUGUUAUCUACCGAAUGGUGACCACAAAUAUUGCUCUAAUCAGCUACGGACUUACAUUCUUUUUAUAUUUCUUUCUCAAUCGGCAUUUUCGAAAUGAGUUGCAAAAGUGUAUCUAA